AUUCGUGAGGGCGGUCCGUGUUCCUAGCCAUCGCUUGGAGCACCAUCCUCCGUCGAACCUUCCGAGAACCAUCGAUAGACGAGCCAACUAAUCACAUUACCAGCCAUCAGCCAUCGCCGUCAGCAGACAGCAGAAAGCAGCAGGCAGCGACACCGGAGGGCCGCCGCAGUCGACCGCUGAAUCGCAGACCCACAAGACAUCCGAGUUCCCAGUUUGUGCAUUGCAUACUUUUUGGCGCGCUCACCAAUUCAAAUUGGAAAAGUCACCAAUACACCACACACAUCCGUUGGUGAGUGUGCGGUCGUCGUCGGUUGGCAUUUUCGGAAGUCUUCGUCCAUUUUUUGCGCCCAGCGAAGCGACAGAAUUCAUCAACUCUUGUGUCUGGGGUGGCAUGUGGAUAAAUUUCAGCCGCCAUGGAUCCCAGUGCUCUACAAAACAUGGAUCGGGACGCAUUAAAGAAGCAAAUCGAGAAUAUGAAAUAUCAGGCCUCCAUGGAGCGCUGGCCGUUAUCUAAAUCCAUUGCAGAAAUGCGAUCGUUCAUCGAGGAGAAUGAGAAGAACGAUCCUUUGAUCAAUGCUCCGGAUAAGAAGAACAAUCCGUGGGCUGAAAAAGGCAAAUGCGUUAUCAUGUAA